AUGGCUGCUGAUUCUGAUCAUAUUCUCCUCGACGAUGAGACUAACGCUCUCCUUGGGACGGAAUCGUCCCUGCCAACAGUCCGCCCUCGAAAAACCAGGGAAAAACCUGUCGUUUUCGUAUUUCUCUGUGUACUAAUAGUAUUCUGUGUUGAUUUUGGAAACUUCCUCUCCGUCGCUCCUCAAACCCGCAUCUACGAGGCUAUAGCUUGCCGCAAGUAUUAUGAAAAGCACGAACCAGGCCAAUAUCGAUUGUUAGAAGACAUUCCAGAGGACAAGUGUAAAAUCCCACCGGUGCAGGGCGAACUAGCCUUCGUGCAAGGAUUGCAGAUCAGUUUCGAAGCGCUCCCCACGGUGGUUGGCCUUCUGUUGGGUCAAUUUUGGGUACUUUUGGUAUGCUGGUUCUCUCGGGUCAUGUCUCUACGGGCAGUGUGGCUGGGGUCAGCAGCUCUCUUCAUAGGGGGUGGAGCUGGCGUGGCAUUAGCCAUGUUGAUGACAAUGAUAACGGAUGUUGUUGAGGCUAGAUAUAGAUCAACGGCAUUUUUCCAGAUAGCCUUGGCUAUCGUUAUCACUCAAUUUUUGGCCCCUCUCUUAGCAUCAUGGAUGAUGCUAAAAGGGAGCCCCUGGAAUCCUCUCUUUUUGGGCUCAAUAUGCGCUACCUGCAGUCUCCCGUUGCUUUUAAUAAUACCUGAGACGGUUCGUUUCAGAGACCUCAAAUCGCAUCUACAGCCAACUUCGGAAGACGAAUACGCAAGUGGCGAGGAUGUAGAAGAUCUCUUUGACACCAUUCAUAACAGCUUUUCAAAACCCACUCUCAAACACCGUCUCCAUCUUCUCCGCACAGCCAUCAAAUCCGUAAUCCCAAACCGCACCACAGCUCUUAUCCUCUGGAUAUUAUUCAUUGCGAACAUCGGCAGUAAGCAGCUGUCAAUCAUGCUUCUAUACGUCUCGACUCGUUAUGGAAUCCCCCUCUCUACAGCAAAUUUCUCCCUUACCAUCUUCGCAGGCGUCAACAUAUUCUUGCUCCUCGUCUUGUUGCCCACAGUCUCCCGCUACCUCACUGUAAACCGGCGCUAUACCACCGCAACCAAAGAUCUCAUCCUGUCCCGAUAUAGUAUCAUCAUGUACACGCUUGGUGCCCUCUGCUUAGGCCUUGCCCCAACGAUUGCCACCAUGAUCGCAGGGCUGGUGAUUUACACGCUUGGUUCCGGGCUCGGUUCCCUAAAUGCGAGCAUGGUGGCUACCUACGUUGAACCCAAGCAUAUGGCAAGGUUAUAUUCCGUGGUGUCGGUGGUUUCAAUGUUCGGCGUUUUUGUUGGCUCACCAUUACUGGCUGGGUUGUUUUCACUGGGAUUGAAGAUGGGGAAGGGGUGGAUUGGAUUGCCAUAUUUUGGAAUCACACUAUUGUAUGGGCUAAUUUUCGUGGCGGUUUGGUUUAUACGAUUGCCAGAAAAAGUAAAUGAAGCCGACGAUGGGAACAGGGAUAGUGAAGAUGACAGAUAUGACGUGGAGACGCCAUCGUCAAGUUUGAUUUUGAGGUCUUCCAACAAUUGA